AUUGGAGGUGUAGUAAUUCUGGGUCACGUGGUGUGCGCUUACCUGUCGGUGAUUAGUGGGUGAUGGGAGUGGGCGGGGCUCUGAUGGAGCCCGUGAGCGGGAUACAGUAGUUAGAGACUCGUCACUGGGAUCUCGGGACUAAUAAGCGCUGUGUUUUUCUACCUCUUUUACGCUUCCAGGCUUUUUUUUUUCUUUUUUUCCACUCAGCUGUUUGUUCCUAGGAUCUGACAGCGAGCUCUGGAUGCGCUCUGUACUCUUUCCUGGUUCCGGUGUGAAGCUGCAGGAGGUUUAUUACGGGACCGUAUUGAAUUUGUCUGCACUUCCAAGUGAACGGACGGAGGACCUGACCGGACACACCGAGAAGCACAAAUGUGAUCUUACUGGACCUCAUCAUCAUUUCUAACGAUAUUAACAACUUUGGUUAUUUUAUUAGAUAUUUAGUUUCCCCUCUGGAGGAAAUGCAACCAUUUAAAUCGCUUUGAACGCGGAGCUGAAACACUUUUUUUCCCACGGCGUUGGAAACCAGACACGGAAACGCCACCGGGAGUGUGGGGUUAAAAAAAGAAGAAGAAAAAAAGCACUAUAAUGAUGCUUAUUUAAUUGAUAAUAAACAAAUUGCUUAUAGUAUUUAUUUUUUUUGUGCAACUUGUUUCUAAUUCCAAAGAAAAGGCGAAACAUUGAUAUUAGAAGCGGUACAAUGAGCUGCAGCUGAGACUCUGCGCUUCUCCACACUGUGCUCCUGAACUUCAGAAGCUCCUGAUCUGCGGAACAUGAAGCUGGACACCUGUCUUCUCGCUGCACUUGUGGCGCUGGUGUUACCUCUCUGCUCCUGGACUGCAGCUCUCAGCAGCCAUGAAGACAACAUGGUAUUGAGUUCGACGGUGACCAGUGGCCACUGGAAAUUCAACGACGUGACUAACAUCAGCACUUUUCUAUUGGACCCAGAUACUGGGAUGCUCUACCUGGGGGCACGAGAUGCGAUCAUUGCUGUGGACACUGCCAAAACAUUAAUGUAUCGCAAGAUUAUGUGGAAUGUUACAGAAGAGAAGAGCAGCUCAUGUGUGACGAAAGGAAAGACAGAGGCUGACUGCAAUAAUUACAUCCGUCUGCUGGAGUUCCUAGGUGAUGGCCGCAUUUAUGCCUGUGGCACAUAUGCCUUCGACCCCCAGUGUGCCUUUGUGAAUAUCUCAAAUUUUACGCUGGAAAAAUUUGAGGACGGCACGGAUAAGAUGGAGAUUGGAAAAGGGAAAUGCCCCUUUGAGCCCAGUCAGCACUAUACUGCGGUCAUGGCAGGGGGGAUUCUGUACACUGCAACGACAAGUAACUUCCUGGGGACUCUUUUUGACAUCUCCAGAGCAACAGGCGUUGAGCAAGAGCGCAUCCGGACCGAACGGUCCAUCAACUGGCUCAGCGAUCCCGAGUUUGUCAGCUCAGCCUUUAUCCAAGAGGAUCAAAACAACAACCCAACAGGCGAAGAUGACAAGAUCUACUUCUUCUUUACUGAAGUGGCCAAAGAAUAUGACUUCUACACCAAGGUCAAAGUGCCCAGAGUGGCUCGAGUGUGUAAGUCUGACAUCGGCGGCAUGAAGACCUUACAGAGGCGCUGGACAACGUUCCUUAAGGCUCAGUUGGUGUGUGAGGAUCGAGGGAGUGGUCAGCGCUUUAACAUUCUGACUGAUGUCUUUACCAAACAGCACGAGCCAGGAGACCCCAGCAGCACACACUUCUAUGGUAUCUUCACCUCGCAGUGGGAGAGGGAGGAAAUGUCUGCAGUGUGUGUGUACAGUCUAAAGGACAUCACUAAGGUGAUGGAUGGACCCUUUAAAGAGCUUAAGAGGACUUGCGAGAACUGGAUGAACCCAGAACCAGUGCCUACACCCAGGCCGGGCCAGUGUCUGAACAACGCUCUGAAAGCACAGGGUUUCGAUUCGUCUCUGAAGUUGCCUGAUAAAGUGCUGACAUUCAUGCGAGACCACCCUCUCAUGGAGAACAGUGUGGUGGCAGCACCUCUACUGGUCAGGAACGGAGUUACAUACACCAAAGUGGCUGUAACUCUGACCCCUCUCUCCAACAGCAAGCAUAAUGCUACAGUUCUGCAUCUUGGGACAGAUCACGGAGAGCUUCACAGAAUUGCAGUAGUCGGGCCGAAUGCAACUCUACUUCAAGAAAUCCCUCUUUUUCCAGCAUCAGAGUCCAUCAACAAUAUCCUUCUAUACAAGGAUGACGCUCUGGUCGGUUCUCCAAACUCUCUGGUGAAGUUGCCUGCAAAAGGCUGCUCUCUCUACAAUUCCUGUGAAAUGUGUGCACGUGCACAUUCCCUCGGCUGUGUGUGGAGCAUAAACAAGGCUGCCUGUAGCCUGGCUGCCACAGAAUCUGGGGAAGUGCUGAAAUCUGAUGUUUUGAUCAGUCGGUGUGGAAGUAGUACAGAACGUUGCUCUCCUGAGAUAAAAGACUUGCCUGUAUCAGAGGGGCUGCAUGUGUUGCUGCCCUGUGUUCAGGUCUCUCCUCGUCCCUGUCACUGGAAACACCCACCCCAAAGACACACUCGACGCCAUCUUUCUGACCUGGAGGUACGGGUCACUUCUGAAAGCAAUGGCACCUACAUGUGCUUCUGUGAGGAAGCCGGGCGGGAGCAGCCAGCCUGUCCCAGGGCUGCAUUCAGACUUCUGCUGCAGGAGCCGAGAGCCAGUUUGAGCGCCUUGCAAUCAUCCAGCCGUCAGUUUGUGGCCAGCUACAUACUGUCUUUCCUCGUUGGUGUUGCAGUUUGCGUCUUUGUCGUGUGUCUUAUUUGCCGGCAUCACAAGAGAGGAGGAGGUGGUCAUUCAUCAUCAACCUCAGAAAAGGGGCGGGACCUGUUGCCCUCUUCAGAUACGCCGCAGUCACCCAGCAGCUCCAGUCUGUUCUCUGAGGCAGUACCCUUUGCAGAGAAGAGAAACGGGACAUUAAAUGGCCAUGGAGGUCAUAUUUCUGAGAGGAAAUGUGGUUAUAUUUAUACUAAUUCAAGUGGACUUAAGCUACAAGAUACAUCACUCCACCUGGUGGAUGAAUUCCCUGGUCGAGAGAGGGCAGGGCUUGAAGGAGAAGAGGAGGGACUAGGGGACGGACUUAGUGAAAUAGGGGAAGGACUAUCAGGACUGGAGGAAGAACUUGCUAAGCUACAUGUGCUCAGAGGAGCACCAUUAGCACAGUGUGAAGAGAGCUCCAUUUGAGGACACAUUGCAGAACUGUACACAUAAAACACAUGUACAUCCUUGACACUACCUAUGAGUUUGUGUGGUAGCUUGUAGCAAAUCUGGGAAUGCAACAAUUUAAAUGAAGUACAUGAAGUCAUUUGGCCUGCAAACAUGCAUACACACUUAUUUAGAAGCUCUAAGAUCUUAGGGUUAGAUCUAGCACAGUGUGUGUUCACAAGUGUGUGUUACUGGCCAAAGGAAUAGAAUCAAGCUUUUGUAAUUGCUUUACCCACUGUCCUCAGCCUAAUCACACACUCCAUGUACUCAUUGUGGCAUGUGUGCAUGUUUAACCUCUAUCUGGGCUGUUCUUAGCCCAUGACUGAAAAAUCCAAAUCCGUCUUGGACUCUCAUGAAGCGAGAAGUCGGACCAAACCGUAUUUGAGUUUGAAGCACCAAAAGAUCCAUCAGCUUUAAGUUUCCCUAAAGUUUUCGCACUCUCAUUGUUCACUAGUAACUUAUUACAGUAGGUCUGCAAAGGUGUUCAGUGGUGGGAUGGAAAGAUAAACCACGUCUGCCCACUGCACAGGAACACUAAGAGGUGCAGCAAGACCAAUGUGCUGAAAGCAGCGGUGGUAUGCAUAUGGUCAUAUAAGAGCUACAGGUGAAAUCUUAACAGCCCAUCAAUAAAGAUUUAAGUAUAUGUCUUAAUUUAACCUUAUAAAUAAACCAGAACACUUCUGAAUACAUUCAGUGAAAAAAAUAAACAUCUUACUGCAGUAUGUAUUAGUUUCCGUAUAGAAAUCGUAUUCUAAGCUGAAACUAUAAUCACCAAAGUAAAGCAGGGAAAUGUGUGUUGAAAAUGAAAAGGUUAUGGACAUAUUACGAAAUUAAAGCCACACUUUUCACUUGACAGGUUUGUUGAAUAGUCAUAACAAUGUCUAUAACAAAUAUUGUACAUUUUUGUGAAUAUUUCAUUAAUAUUUCAUUGUUUAUUUUGUUGUGACAUAUUUAAUCCUUUCCACCAUUGUAACAGUCUAAAUUAUUGUCUGUUCAGUGUGUCACUGCCAUCUGUCUUCCUGUGAUCCCUCUGUUUAGUUGUUUUGGUUUUUGGCGUCGGUAACGUGUCCGUUUUGUGUGAUGGAAAUGUAACACUCAGGAUUCUACGUUCAGCCUUUUGAUCUUUAACAUGUAGUCUAUUGUCAGCACAUGGUAGCAUGAUAAUCAUAGGUACAUAUUUAUCUCUAUAAGAAAAGAAUGAUUUCCAUACAAUACUUUACACUGUCUAAAAAAAUUCAUGAAUGAUUAUAGAUUGACCUGUUAUUCCUGAGUGUUAUAUUUCCUGUUUUUUUUUUUUUUCUUUUUUCUCAAAUGUAUAAUAUAAUUUUAAUUAAUGUACAGAUGUUAUAUUCUAAGGUUUUAUUUUUAUAAUUUAUAUAAUAAAAAUAAAUGUACAUUUGUUUUAAACAGAGAUGUUUGUGUGAGCAUGACUGUAUGAAAGAAUUGUUUUUUUGUUUUUUUUAUAAAUAAAAUAACCCUGACUGAGACAGCUUUUACUUUAUUAAAUAUACCGGCCCACCCGGCACCAACAACCAGGUCCAGGUCUCAGAUGUUUGAUGG